UCAAAAAUGCUUUACUUUAUACACUUCAUUCUUUGUGAUCUGUUGAUUCGUGUAGUUUGUGUGGCGUGAAGUGCACAUAAUUUGGUGUUAUAUUCAUUACGCGAUUUUUAGUCUAAUUUAAUUCUGUUUUAAAUGGAAAGUCCAUCCCACAAACGAGGUAUUUACUGAGUGUUUAACGAAAUAUCUAAUUAAAAACUGUCCAAAAUGUGGUGCUUGAUCAGUCAACCAAAUUCAGUGGUGUUUGAAGUUCGAGUUGACCCAAAAUCCAUCGGCCAAGAUUGCCUUGAGAAGGUGUGUGAAUACUUAGGAAUAUCAAACGAAGCGGAUUACUUUGGACUGAAAUAUGAAAACACGAAGGGUGAAGAAUUAUGGCUUAAUCUGAGAAACCCAAUAGACCGACAAGUCAAUUGCCACGGUCAUACGUCGCCCUUAAGGCUCGCUUUACGGGUGAAGUUUUGGGUACCGCCUCAUCUUUUACUUCAAGAAACGACUAGGCACCAGUUUUAUCUACACGCGCGUUCUGAUCUAAUCGAAAAACGCCUUCUUGCCAAUGAUUGGAAUGGUGUGUCUCGGGUUAUCGCAUUGAUCGCUCAAGCCGAGUCCGACGAUUACGAUUCUCUUCACCCACCUCACAGCCUCUACCUGCAGGCAUCUACAGUUGACUGCGUAGACGCUUCGUCCAGGCCGAACAAUCUUCUUCAACGGAUCAUCACUAAUCACAAAAAAAUGAAGGGCAUGAAACGAUCUGCCGCCGAAUAUUGGCUACUGAAAGAAAUUUCGGAACUUGAGUCAUUUGGUGAAGAGAUAUUCAAGAAAACGCACCCUAACGUGUUCGUUGGUGUCGGACCUCAUGGUAUUACAAUUUGCGAGAAGAGUAAAGAAAAACAACUUAUCUCGUUUACCAACAUAAUCAGCGCUUCUUCUCACCGAAGAACAUUUAAACUCGAGUAUCUAUCGGUCGACAACCAAGAAACGUCUUUGGAGGUGAAGCUGGAUUCUAGUCACGCUGCGAGCAGCUUGUAUCGGGCGAUCACUGAAAAGCAUGCGUUUUACAGUUGCGAAACUGUGCGAAGUGCAGUAACAUCUCAGUUUAUCCGCGAUUUGAAAGGUACAAUCGUUUCAAUUUUCAACGAAGAUUCGACUCUAGGCAAGAAAUAUGUAUUUGACAUUCGACGAACCUGUCGAGAAGUAUAUGACAACGCUCGCCGCGCCAUCUACCAAGAAAGUAGAGCUAGGUUGACUUUAGACAAUGAAAAAUGCGGCGCUAAUAUGUGUGAACGGAGUAAUUUUAAGGAUUCCGAGGAACGCCUGACGAGGUUUAUUGAAGCCAUGACGUGCAAAAUUUGCAUGGAUAACAAAAUAGAUUCCGUAUUCAUUCCGUGUUCCCAUGUGGUCGCAUGUACCGAGUGCGCAGCCCGAAUCGAGAAGUGUCCACUUUGUAGGACUGAAAUUUCCCAGGCCCAAAAACUUUUUAUGCCAGUGUGGUAGCCAUUUUGUCUUCUAGGCUGACUCUUAUAUAGCAGUGUUUUAUGAACGUUAUCGAAUCACACCGCACGACGUUGUUAUGUUUGAGAAACACAUGUGUAAUCUUAGGGAAAUGAAGAUUGAUCUCAAGUAUUAUUAGUGUAACCAUAAAAUUGUUGAACUCUAUAAGUGUUUUCUAUUGUAUUUUUAUGAAUGUGUUCAGAAACGCGUGUGAUGGAAUGAAAUCGAUCCAAAAGUUUCUCGACUUUCGAUAAUUAAAUUUGUUCAUUAGCUAAAUGACAGCGCUAUUCAGGAUAAAAUCUUUGUGUUUCUCGAAACACUCGUUAUUCCUAAUUACCUUCUAGAGAUAAAUGUGAUCUUAUUAAUUUUAUAUUAACAAUAACCUCAUAUUGAGGUUGAUUUUGUACUAUUGUGCUGAAAGCGGCCUGUUUAAUGUUAACACAUAAUUGAUAAGAUUCUGGAUUUACAGUGGGUGUAUCUUCUUUUGAUAUAUUUUUUAAAUGCCAAAAAACACUUGACAAUAUAGUUGGUACUUAAUAGGAUUAUAGUCAUCUUAUCAAUGCAAGGAUUACUUGUAAAUAUAUUAUUUCUUUUUUUUUAAGUAAAAUAUGUUAGUUCGUUAUACCUAGUUGGUAAGAUGUGAUAAUUUUAGUUGUGAUAAAUUUUUCAUUAACGCUUCCGAUUUUUUCUUUUUUGGUGAAAUUGCGGUAAAAUAUGCCAUUUGUUACCACUCCUUCGAUAGUACUUUUUACCCCUUUUUACAUUAAUAUUGUUAUUCUUAACCCGAUACGGGUGCUAGAUAUAUUAAAUAUGUGAAUAUUUUUGUUAACAUUAUUUUCAAUCAAACAUUAUUUUAAUCAAAAUUUAUAUACUAAAUGUGAAUAAAACAUUA